GUGGUUGUCAAGCAAACUUUUGCUUGUGAGCAAAGUACUCUGUCUGUAAAAUGAGUAGAUGUUUUUAGUCUGCAUUUUCCUGCAACGGGUUGCCGUGAGAGAUGAGUUGCUGUCAUGUGUCUAUGACCCGGGAGGUCCGGCCCGGCACAGCACGGGUCCUAGUGACUGAGCUGAGUGGAUCAGGCCACAUCAACCCAACCCCUGCCACCAAACCGCAUGAGGACUCUGAAACAGCAGUGGGGCUUUACCUCUCUCCAGAGAAGCUGGAAUCGCUGUGUGGAACUCGGGACCUCUCUCUCGUGACCUCACUGGAGAUCUGCGUAGACACACAAGAAAACACAUUGGGUAACUUCGGUGCCUACUUGCCCAAGCUGGUGAAGCUCAAAAUGAACAACAGCACCAUUAUGUCAGUAAGAGACCUGGGAACCACCCUCUCUCACCUGCAGGUGCUGUGGAUGUCUCGCUGCUCACUACAAGACCUAGAUGGCAUUUGUACUUUCACUUCCCUCAAGGAGUUGUACGUGGCCUAUAACAAUGUGUCAGACCUGAGUCAGGUUGGCAUGUUGGAGAAACUGCAGCUGUUAGAUCUGGAAGGGAAUGAUGUGGAUGACCUUGUCCAGAUUCAGUAUCUGGGGUUGUGUGGCAAACUCCAGACACUCACCCUGGAAGGAAACCCUGUUUGUGUGCACCCAAACCCCAAUGCCAUCCAGACGGCAGACUAUAGUUAUCGGGCUGCGGUGAGGGAGUUGGUCCCUCAGCUGCGUUACCUAGACGAUUUAAGGGUGGAGGAUGAUGGGCUGAGCUCCAGCAGCACCAUGGGAGAGGACUGGGCCAUUCUCCGAAACUCCAUCAGAGACUGCAACUCCUCUCAGGCAGCUAUUGAAGACGAGGAAACCGCAGACAGUGCAUAUCCUUACAGCAGACCCGACUCAGCCAGGCGCCCUGCUUCCAGCGGCUCUUGCAUCAGGCCCCUUUCGUCAGCUGGCUCCAGACCCCACACUGGAUCCAGACCCAUGUCAGCGACCAGGCCUGGAGUUCUCUCCCCUCCUGGAUCUAGACCUGGUUCUGCAGACUCAGAUCUGGCAACGAUAGAAGCAGAAACCAGCACCCUUACGCAUGGAGCUGGCAUGAUUCUCUUCUGUGGAAACCCAGUCAAGGCUAUUCGAGCCAGGCGAGAAAAGUUAAGGACAGCACCGACCAGAUCUACUUUCACCCCCCGUGACCUUCCCAUCCAUAUACCAGAACACACGUACGACCUUGAGGAGCCUGAUGUUAGAGAACGCAGGGAUGUUUUUGCGGAGCUUAGAGCUUGGAGGGAUCAGCACAGCAGGCGUCUCGAGGCCAUAGAGACAGAAAGAUUACCACAGGUCCUGGCUAUUUGUCACAGUGAUGAAGAGGAGGGGGAAGAUGAUGACGAAGAAGACGGAUUUAGAGGUGUAGGGCAGGACAGUAGUGAUGAAGAACAUGGAGCGGAGAAGCAUGGUGACAGCGGAGGUCCUGCCUUACCAGAUUCCUCUCUCCAGUUUCUCUCCCAAGCCCUGCAUCACAGAGAAGCCUCGUCCCCUGAGGUGGCUGCUCUCUCCCUGAACCCAGACACCACACCAACACCUUCUCCCCCUCCCAGUGCCAUACUAACAACUGGAAUUCGCAAGCCACCAGGGCUCCGUGCACGUAGGCUUCGACUUAGCCGGAACAACUCAGAACAUUUAUCUGAUUUCAGCAAAGUAGGGCGCUCCCCUGGAUCAGGUACACCUGCUGGAGACGCAGAGCUGAAACUCCAGACGGUCCAGCAGUUGACUACAACCGACGAGCCUCUUUUGCCUCAGCCUGCAUACAUACCUCGCCCACCUCCAACAAGUGCCCUUGGUGAAGGGCUCAUGAGUUCAUGUGCAGAGAUGGACUUAUCGAGUAUACAUUCUGGCAGCAAGCAUCUUCAAAUCCCUCAGAUGUCCAAACUCCUGGACAGACCAGCCAUUACUCGUCCUCACACAGCCAGGGCAGCUCUACAGAAACAUCACCAGCACUACGCACACCAGUCCUGCAGAGAGAGCUCACACCCAGACUGACACCAGAGUGGGCAGAUGUUCGAAUGUCUGGCUAGCGAUCCGAAUGAUUAGUGUGACAUUCCCUUAAGAACAGAGAGGUAGCAUGGAGGCCAUUAAGGGGCGUUCCUUUUAUGGGCUCACAACAAACUUUGAUAUGUGUUGGAAUUACUGGUAUUUUGCUUUAUGAUGUUCUUUUUUUCCUGUCUUUUUUAUAAAGAGUUAUACGAUGUUGAAAGCACAGAAAUGUUGGGACUGACCAACACACCUACACCCAAUGACCUCA